GAUCGUGACUUUGAUCUUAAUGAGAUGUGCACGCGUGAUAGCCAUCUUUGGCGGGCGAGGUGCCCAAUGAUAUGCUUCUUCGCAGUCGAGUGGCACUUUGUAGACCGUGUGGCAAGACAAUUUGGAAAAAGACAAGGUAUUCCAAUUGAGGAGAGCAAGGAGGAAAUGCUAUCUCUGCAUCGGUUCGAUCGAAGGAACAAUCAGGAUAUAUCGGAUUGGGCAAACAAACACCGUGCGUGGAUAGAAAUUUGGAAUCAAAGAGACACGUUAGUGCAAUCAGAGAAUAGACCUCACAAUCAGUCAGCAUAUCAGAAGUAUCAAGUGUGGUAUGCGGAUCGUUACCGGUUAAAGCUGAAGCCAGGUUGGACUCACGAGGAGUGGUCGGAGUUGGUGUCUGAAGACCCGGAGACUGCAGAAGGUUAUCAUACCUUCAACACGGCUGUGAGAGACACCAGAGGGGCUCAUGUUGACUACGCACCGAUGCAUGACGAAAUGGGCAGAGAGUUGCUUCUGUGCGUCAACGAUGCCAAUGUUGCACUGAGUCAUCCACCUGGUGGUGCAUUAUCUGAGAGGACUCUUAGGAGCACGAUGGAGAAGUUCAAGAAGCGGUUCCAUAAGAUGGCAGCUAUGCUUUCUUGCCAUGGUGCUCAGUCCAGUGACGUGUAUGCACCAGGUAGCCGCGCCGCCAGAGCUAAUAAACGGCGUUAUGUCCAGAACGAAGAGGACAUAGAGGAGGAGGUCAAUGAAGAGGAGCCAGCACAUCAAGAGGAGCCAACACAUCAUGAUGAGCAUGAGUAUGAUGCAACACAUCAAGAGGAUCAUGAGUAUGAUGUUGAUGCUCCACAACCAUCACAGGUUACACAACCGAUACAAGGCAAUGCCCGCUCUAAAAAAGGCAAAGCAAUAGCUAAGACACCGGGCCAGAAAGGUAGAAAGAAGAUAUGGAACACUCAAUUCCAUAGUCCGGAGUAUCCUCAUCAAUUUAUGCCUGCGGGAAUGCAAAGAUAUAAGUCCAACAUUGAUGCAGAGGCGGAGGAGGCUAGCGAAGAGGAGGAGCAUGAGGCUAGCGAAGAGGAGGAGCAUACACUUGCAGAUAUCGUGAAGAGAGGAAGGAAGAAGUGA